AUUAUUUUUUGUUAUUUCAUCAGGUUGGAGCUUUUGCGUUUCCUCCUCAAGUGUGUGCGUGCGACGCAUUGAGACACAAUUUUCACUUCCAUCUAAGUCAAUGCUGCCCCCUUCAUGUGCCUGCUUGCAUUUGUUCUUCCUCUUUUUCUUUUUUUUUUUGGUGCGCUCGGGCUUGGAAGUUGAUGGCUGAGCUCGCUCAGUGUGGAAGAGAAAGCAGCAGAAACCAGUUUUGGUGAUUCCAGCCUGCUUGAACAGUCAGCCGGGUAAGGACGAGGCACUUUGAUAUUUGAUUUGUGGCUUUUGUUGUCAGAGCUGUGUGAGUAACAGAAUCACAAGUGAGAAUGAACGCCGACAUCUGCACCAUCCACGUUGACGGCAUCCCCCUGGACACGCUCAGUAAGGUUCAAACCUACCUGAAGCCGUUCAUGCUGUCCCUGGAGGUCCUGCAGCAGGUUUCCGCACGACUGGAGCGCGACCUGAGACGAGGCCUGGGGAGGCACUCGCACCACAGGGCCGCCGUCCAGAUGCUGCCCACUUUUGUCACAGCCACGCCGGACGGGACGGAAAAAGGCGACUUCCUGGCUUUGGACCUGGGCGGGACAAACUUCCGGGUGCUCCGCGUGCGAGUGCUGGAGGAAGAGCAGAGGAUGGUGAAGAUGGACAGUCAGAUCUGCGCCAUCCCGCAAGACAUGAUGGAGGGACCUGGAGAAAAGUUGUUCGACCACAUCGCCGCCUGUCUGGGGGAAUUUCUCAAGUCGCAGAAUCUGCAGGGCAAAAUUCUCCCUCUGGGCUUCACCUUUUCUUUCCCCUGCCAUCAGAAGGAAAUUGAUAAGAGCAUCUUGAUUCGCUGGACCAAAGGCUUCCAAUGCUCGGGGGUGGAGGGCCAAGAUGUGGUGCAGCUUCUGCGAGAGGCAAUUCAGCGGCAAGGGGAUUACGACGUGGGCUCCAUCGCCAUGGUCAACGACACCGUGGGCACCAUGAUGAGCUGCGGCUACAGGGACCAAAGCUGCGAGAUCGGCAUGAUCAUCGGCACGGGCACCAACGCGUGCUACAUGGAGGAGAUGAAGAACGUGAAACGCGUGGAUUGCAACCAAGGACGCAUGUGCAUCAACACCGAGUGGGGCGGCUUCGGCGACAACGGUUCGCUCGCGGACAUUCAGACCGAGUUUGACGUCCAGGUGGACAAGACGUCCAUAAACCCCGGCAUCCACACCUUUGAGAAGAUGAUCAGCGGCAUGUACCUGGGCGAGAUAGUGCGCCUCCUUCUGGUGAAGAUGACAAAAGACGGGCUGCUGUUCAAGGGGCAGGCAUCGGAGGCGCUGCUGUCACCGGGCGGAUUUCAGACCAAGUACAUCUCCCACAUAGAAGAGGAGCUCAAUGGCCUGGAGAACGGGAACAAAAUCUUGAGCAACUUGGGUCUGGCGUGGGAGCCGGUGGACGUGCGUGUGGUGCGGAUGGUCUGCGACACGGUGUCGUCGCGCUCGGCUCGCCUCUGCGCCGCCGCGCUGGCCACCCUCGUCAACCGCAUGAGGGUCGCCCGCGGCCUGGAACGCCUGAAAACCACCGUGGGAGUGGACGGCUCUGUAUACCGCAAACACCCCAACUUCAGCGCCGAGUUGCAGGCCACGGUGCGCCAGCUGGCCCCCGAAUGCGACAUCACCUACCUGCUCUCGGAGGACGGCAGCGGCAAAGGCGCCGCCAUGGUAACGGCGGUGGCGCUGAGGCUGGCCCGCGAGUCCCGCCUGCUGGAUGACAGCGACGGUGAGGACAGCGACGACGAAGAGCAAUGAGACGCCUCCGACGUUACCGCACAUGGCUCCGUUUCUUUAAUUACCUUUUUUUUUUGUGUGUAGGUAUGGUACAGACUGAAUUUGAAAAGACUUGGAUUAAUCUUGCCCUUCAAAAUUCUCAAAGUCUUCUUUGUCAAGUCAAGUUUAUUUAUAUAGCCCUAAAUCACAAACAGUCUCAAAGGGCUCCACAUAGACAAACAAAUUGACAAUUAUUCUCAAAGCAUCCCCUGAUCUUAAGCUCCCAAAUGCUUUGAAUGCUUUAGUUAAUCUGUUUCACUUUUUCCACAUUUUUUUGGGUUCCAAAAUGGAUUAAAUAUUUUUCCCUCAAACUCCCAUACUUAAUAAUUGGAACAUGAAAAAAAUACAUAGGUUUUUUUUUUCAAAUUCAGAAAUUGUAUGUAGUACAUACAGGCAAGGUGGAUAAUAU